UUAAACAAAUCAACCCUAUAUUAUCCAAAUGUAUUUUGUUUGCUGUACUGUUUCUAAUGUCCAGUGCAUCAAUUAAGAAGACUACUUGUGACGUCACACCGGAGCGUUCGCAGGAGAAGGGAGAGCUCGACGCGGAGACAGCCCGAGUGAGGGGCAGGGAUAGUCCCGAGGGUCGAGAUUACUUCGACGGUGGAGCAUACAGCGAAGAUAAAGGUCGCAAGAGCCACCAAAAGGAGCUUGAUGGGGACACCGCCAUCAAUGAUGGGACCGGGGACGGAGGGGCGUCGGGGGACAUGGCCGAGGGCGUGGAAAGCUUUGAGGAAAUGGGCCUGCGGGACAAACUCCUGAGGGGAAUUUUCGCUUUCGGUUUCGAGACGCCGUCCGUCAUCCAGCAGAGGGCUAUCGGUCCCUGUAUACAAGGACGUGACGUUAUCGCGCAGGCACAGUCGGGAACAGGGAAGACGGCGACGUUCUCCAUUGCUAUUCUGCAAUGCGUUGACGUGGACGUACCUGCCACUCAGGCCAUCGUACUCUCGCCGACCAGGGAGCUUGCACAACAGUCGUACCGGUGUCUUCUAGCCCUGGGAGACUACAUGGACGUAGAAACGGUCGCCGUCGUCGGGGGCAACCGCGUGUCUGAUGACGUCAUGAGGUUGAAGCAGCGUCCUGCGCAUGUCAUCGUCGGCACGCCUGGGCGCAUCAUGCAUUUGAUGAGGAACAACGUGCUAGACGUGGGUCAGGUGCGCAUGUUCGUGCUGGACGAGGCGGACGAGAUGCUGUCUCAGGGUUUCAAGGACCAGAUCUACGACAUCUUCCGACACCUGGAUCAGGACGUGCAGGUGUUGCUGCUGUCAGCCACGCUGCCCACGGAAGUGCUGGAUGCGACUGGUCAGUUCAUGCGCCAGCCGGUCCGUAUCCUUGUGCAGAGGGAGCAGCUCACCCUAGCGGGCAUCCGUCAGUUCUACGUGCAGUGUGAGAGAGAGGAAUGGAAGCUUGAGACGCUUUGCGACUUGUACUCCAGUGUCUGCGUGAACCAGGCCGUCAUUUUUUGCAACAGCCGCCGCCGCGUAGAGACGCUUGAACGUCAGAUGAACGAGCGCGACUUCACCGUCUCAGCCAUACACGGUGAGCUAGGGCAUACAGAGCGGGAGGUGAUCAUGCGGGAGUUCCGGACGGGGUCAAGCCGCGUCCUCAUCACAACCAAUCUGCUAGCCCGUGGCAUUGAUGUUCAGCAAGUGUCCCUCGUCAUCAACUUCGACCUGCCCUUCGACAGGGAGUCCUACAUUCAUAGAAUUGGGCGCAGUGGUCGUUUCGGCCGGAAGGGCGUGGCGAUCAACUUCAUUACGACACGGGAUGAGGGGCGGCUCAGGGACCUGGAGCAGUUCUACAACACCGAGGUGCACGAGCUUCCUGCCGACAUCGCCCGCUACCUCGCCUAGCCGCCAGGGUGGACCCGGUCAAAUGCCGGAAUACCGGCCGUCGGCGUUAUUUUGACUUUUUCUUUUCAUUGGUGAAACAAAUAUUGAAACUGAUCACUUUAUAACAAAUAUCAUUGCUUAGGAAGUGUCAACUAAAAAGCAACAGCCUUUAAAUUGAAAAUAAACAUACAAAAGUA